AUGUGCCUAGCUAUAUCUGAAAAAGCGGGUUAUUAUGGUAUGUUCUUCAAUGAACUUGCAAUUAAUGAAAAAAUUGUGAAAUCACAAUUUGCCUCUAAUGUUCCUAAGCUCCUUGUUUCUGAUUAUUGGAAUGAUAUUUCUGGUUAUCCGAUGCGUAUAGUCGAAUCUCUAGGGAAAUGA